AGGUUCAGCCCCCGGCCUCCGAGCCCUCUCGGGGCUCCCAGAAGCCGCCUUGGGCCUGUCCCUAGGAAAACGUGGUCUCAGCCGUGGGGGGCCUCAAGCAGGCCUCGACCCCUCUUCCCGACCCGAGGAGAGGCCCAGCGCCUCCCCCUCACCCCGUCUUUGUGCAGGGCGCCGGCGGCCAUUGUAUCCGGGCGGGGAAUGGAGGACCUGGCAAUCCCCCACCGCCACGUUCAGGGCCUUUGGGGAAUUCAAAGAAAAUCAGCGGCGUUUGUCGGGGGUCUCCGGCCUUCAGCUUCCCGGAAAGGCCCGGGGGUGGCCUUCCCGAAGUCAGAUGGCAGAUCGGAGGCAGCUUUCUCCUCCCCGCGUCCCUCAUCGAAACCCUGAGCCCCAUUGAGAAGUCCCUUCAGGGUUUCGGAAACCUCCCCCAGGGCCGGUACUUAAAUAGACCGGAGUGGAGGAGAAAAAAAAAAAGAAAGAAAGAAAACCCUUAAGCCUUCAGCAGCCACCUCCGGGAGAGUUCUCCUGGCUCCCAGUAGGAGGCGGAGAGCCAAGGGGCGUGCGAGAGCGAGGGGGCUGGGCUCCCGGGUGGCUGGAGGCCGCGGGCGCGGAGCGGAGCGGCGGCCCUGGAUCCCGGCAAUGGAGGAGCAAGCCAGCAAGGGGGCUGGUUCCUGAGCGUCGCAAUUCCUGUGUCGCCUUCUGGGCGCCCAGCCUGCCGGGUCGCAUGAUCCCUCCGGCCGGAGCUGUUUGUUUCGCCAGCCGCCGCGAAGCCGGCUGAGUUACCGGCAUCCCGGCCUGCCGCCACCUCCUCUCCCGACCUAUGAUACAAAAGAUCUUACGGGGGUGCACCUGCCUGCUGCCGCCGGCUUAGACGGAAUUGAAUCUCUUUCUCUCCCUUCAGAGCCUUAUCUUGGCUUUGGAUCACAGAAGAGAAUCCCUGAGCAGAGACCAGCCUCAGUGAGCGAGCAGGUGUUCUGGACAAUGGACUGGUUGAGCCCAUCCCUAUUAUAAAAAUGUCUCAGAGCAACCGGGAGCUGGUGGUUGACUUUCUCUCCUACAAGCUUUCACAGAAAGGAUACAGCUGGAGUCAGUUUAGCGAUGUGGAAGAGAACAGGACUGAGGCCCCGGAAGGGACUGGACCAGAGAUGGAGACCCCCAGUGCCAUCAAUGGCAACCCAGCCUGGCACCCGGCGGACAGCCCCGCGGUGAAUGGAGCCACUGGCCACAGCAGCAGUUUGGAUGCCCGGGAGGUGAUCCCCAUGACAGCAGUGAAGCAGGCUCUGAGGGAGGCAGGUGACGAGUUUGAACUGCGGUACCGGCGGGCAUUCAGCGACCUGACAUCCCAGCUCCACAUCACCCCAGGGACGGCAUAUCAGAGCUUUGAACAAGUAGUGAACGAACUCUUCCGGGAUGGGGUAAACUGGGGUCGCAUUGUGGCCUUUUUCUCCUUUGGCGGGGCACUGUGCGUGGAAAGCGUGGACAAGGAGAUGCAGGUAUUGGUGAGUCGGAUCGCGACGUGGAUGGCCACUUACCUGAAUGACCACCUAGAGCCUUGGAUCCAGGAGAACGGCGGCUGGGACACGUUUGUGGAACUCUACGGCAACAACGCAGCAGCCGAGAGCCGCAAGGGCCAGGAGCGCUUCAACCGCUGGUUCCUGACGGGCAUGACCGUGGCUGGCGUGGUUCUGCUGGGCUCACUCUUCAGCCGGAAAUGACCAGACACUGACCACCCACUCACCUUCCCGCCCCUGCCCUGCUCCCGCCACAUCCCUCCGUCCAGCCACCAUUGCCACCCGGAGAACCACUACAUGCAGCCCAGGGCUGGGCCUAGGCCUGGUCCCUGCAGUUAGCUUCCUAGACUCUACCACGCUUCUGAGAGAGCCACCUUCCCCCACCUCUCCGUUCUCUUGGCCUCGGAAUCCACAAAAUUUCCCCCUGAGCUGCCCGAUGGAGGCUGGCAGGUGUGUGGGGUGGGGUGGGGGGAGUUCUGGCUGGAAGCCCCAGGGGUCCGGCCAGUGGGUAGACCCUCCCUGCUGCUCAGCACCCCGAGUGCUCACCUGCCAGGGAGCUGGAAAGAUUUCUGAACCUCUUCCCUAGAGAGACUAGAUUGCCUUUGUUUUGAUGUUUGUGGCCUCAGAGUUGAUCAUUUCCCAUCUCCCCCGGGCCUGGGCCCCCCUUCCUUGCUUCCCUACCCCCUAGAGCCGUGUAGAGGCCACUUUGAACUAGUUAGGGAUUCAGGCUGCUUGAGAUGAGCAGGGACCAGGACCCCCUUCCCCUCUCUGGCCUGGCCAAAGUCCCCACUCCCAGUCGAAUGUUCUCCAGAGGCCUCAGGCUCGACGCCAGCCCCUGGAGGGAGGGGGCUCUAGCUGCAGGAGCACCGCAUGCCAAAGCUAGGGUGACCCUCGCAGUCUAGCACCACCCAUCCCUUCCCCUCCCCUGGCUCCCGUGACCAUGACUGAGGGACCAACUGGGCCCAGGACAGACGCCCCAGAGCUGGCCUCGGCUGCCUCACUUCCCGCAAGAUCGGCCCGCGGGGUCCAGGGCUGCAGGGGCCUCGGCCCAGAGGUGAAGGGGAGCUGUGGGAGCAGCUGUGGGAGCCUAGGGUCUUCCCUACCUCAGGCAGGAAGGGCAGGAAGGAGAGCCUUGGGCAGGGGCUCAGGGUGGGGCCUACACGGCCCAGCCAGGCAGAUGUGUGCCCACUCCCACCCAGCCUGGGCAGCUGGCUGCCAGGGUCAGAGUGGCCUGGCCAGGAACCCUUCAGGCCUCCCUGUCUGCGCUGCCCCACCUUGGCCUGUCUCGUCCCUGGGGGUCCCGGCCCAGCCCUGGCCGCCCUGGGCUCUCUGCUGUACAUAUUCGAGACUAGUUUUUAUUCCUUGUGCAGAUGAUAUACUAUUUUUGUUAAGCGUGUCUGUAUUUAUGUGUGCGGAGCUGCUGGCUUGCUGUGCGCGUGCACGUGGAGAGCUGGUGCCCAGAGAUUGGACGGCCUAACGCUCCCCUCCCUCUCCUCCCUGCCCUGGUCUGCAGACGCUGGCCCAGGGGUCCUGGCUCCUGAGGGGCACCUGUCCCGCCCCCAGCCCCUCCCCCACACUUGUUCCAGCUCUUUGAAAUAGUCUGUGUGAAGGUGAAAGUGCAGUUCAGUAAUAAACCGUGUUUACUCA